AUGUCGGCAGUUCCCGUCGAACCAACAGUUCUCAACUUCAUUUCACCGCCAACAUCAAAUGCUCCGGAAGAGGAAUCACAAGACGAGAAGUGGCUGCUUAAUUUGCAAGUGGGUAACACAAUUGAAUCGAAGGCGCGUAAGAUUAAAUGCGACGAAGGCAAACCGACGUGUCAGCGAUGCAUUAGUGCGGGUCGCAAAUGUCAAGGCCUGGGAUAUGGCCAGGCCUCAUCCCCUCAUCUUGCCCUGUACCGUCCCCAGAACCACGUCCUGGGCAAUAAUGUGAGGGCCGACUCACGAGCUAUCGAGUUCUUCUGCAGGGUUGCGGCUCCUUCGUUAUCAGGGCCUAUCGACCCAUACUUCUGGACCAAUGUUGUCUUGCAAUUCUGCGACCAUGAACCAGCUGUCAGACAUUCCAUCAUGACAAUCAGUUCUCUCUUUGAGAAUCUGCAGUCAAAGGACAAUUCUUCUGCUGUCGCGACCCAGAGAAGCGUCUUUGCAUUGAAGCAUUACAAUGCAGCUAUUCGAGAACUCCAGACUCCACAUAAGCCAGAUAUAAUAUUGGCAUUACUGACUUGCCUCAUGUUUGUCUGCAUUGAGGUUUUGCAGUCUAAUGGAGACGUGGCGAUCAGACAUUGCCACCAUGGAAUGAAUCUGAUCAAUACCUCGAAUCCACCGAAAUGGGUGCUCCAGUAUCUAUUACCGAUAUUUCGGCGGAUGAGUAUCUUGCCAUUUUACUUUGGCGAUUCACAGCCCAUGGGCUACUCUGAAUCUCCAGCGAUACCCGAAUCCUUUUCUUCACAUUUUCAGGCUCAAAAUUCGAUCGAUGCUAUCUACAACAUGACUAUACAACAUUUCCGGCGGACAGCCGACUACCGUCUCGGCGAUAUGAGAAACGAGCCAGCUACACCAGAUGUGCUUCUCGAACAAUAUGAAAUUCAUGACUUGUUGGAACAGUGGAAAUCCUCAUUCGAAAGGUUCGAAGAUGAAACGCCCCAGGGCCUGACACAUACAUCGUUGACGUCGCGGAUAUGGCUCUUCCAUGUGUACGAGGUCUGCAUGAUAUUAUCGCGCGUGCAGUUCGUCACCGACGAGACGGAUUAUGACGCUUUCAUCCCUAAUUUCACACGUAUGAUCGAGGGCGCUCGAGAGCUAGCUGGAAUAAGGGCGAGGUCAACACCAUCUGAAUUUCAUUUCGAGAUGGGUUUCGCGCCAUAUCUCUUCUUCGCUGCUAUCAAAUGUCGCGUUUUGGAAAUUCGUAUAGAGGCACUUCGGCUGAUGGGCGUUCUUUGUGCUGCGCAAGAGAGUCUCUGGAAUAGUCAUACACUCCUGGUCGUUGCUCAGCGAAUAGUCGAUCUAGAGCACGGCAUAUCAGGACAAGACGUCGAUAGCUUUGUGACCCAGUAUGGUGUAUUACCGCCUGAUGAAAUGAGAGUCAGACACUUUGUCAUCGGACCAGCUGAAUCAGGAUCCGAUGGUCCAGUGGGGAGAGAGUUGACCUUUUACAUGACGAAAAAGGAUGGCGGUCUAUAUCUGAAACGGGAGAGGUUUCCUGGCAAGGGGCCGAAUGAAGCUGCUGAAGGUGCACCUGGUGUUUUUGAAGUGGAUCUCGAGAUGGAUAAACUGAGCUUGUCUGAGAUAGCAACUUGGAGUAGCACGAAAUCAGGCAGUGUUUAG